GGGAAGUUGUCAAAACAAGUUCUCCGGUUGGUGAUCUGGUUGGUCCUGCUCCCAACCCUUAAUCCACCACAUACUUGUAUGUACUUCAUCUUUUCACUGUGCAUAUCUUGCUUUCUACUCUUGCUUCCCACAUCUCUCGCCAUGAAUGGUAAUAUGAAUCCAUUUGCUCCUCGUCCACUGGCGCCUUUUGGCAACCAGCAAUUUGGAGGACAGCAGUUUGGAGGCCAGCAAUUUCCAGGUUUUGGUCGCGGGUACUCCAUGGGUUAUCCCCCCAUGCAGUCUGCCACGAUGCCGCCUUCGAUCCGCCCGGCUCCGAUGAGGGUCUAUGAGAGCCAGGUCAUUGAUUUGCGUCAGGACCUUGAAGGUGAAAAUGGUCGCUUCCUUCUUCUCCAUAUGGAUGACACAUCUCGUUUCGAAGUGGUUUCGAUUGCAACGAGUUAUCCAGGGCUAAAGGAAACAAUGAAAAAGGAGAAGGCACGUCCCAUUUUCGUCAAGGCGAAUGAGGACUGGUCGAAAUCAUUGCAGCGCGCAGAAGAUAUUGCCCAGCUCAUUCCCAUGAGUGCUUCAGACGACCAGUGGGGGAAAUUCCUGAUUGGUGUUCGCGCCGUUCAUGAACAGCGCAACUUGCCGAUUGCAGAGUCAGUCGGUGAUUUCCUGUACCGGAAGCGUGCAGAGGAUGAAGCUCGUCGUGCUCGGCUUCGUCAGCAUCCCGGCACUUCGUCCGUUCCCCGCCCUCAUGGUAGCGGUCUUGCCUGGCGCCUUCUCGACGGAGGCGUGGACGCCGAGAUGGUAGACGCUGGAGAGCAGCAGGACGACAGGAUUCUGCCCAAAGAUUACCUUGGAAUGAGGUAUGCCCGCACACGCGAGUCAGAGACAUUGGGUAGAGUGUUUGCCAUAGAGUGCGUUGGAGGCGAGCCGCAAUUCAAGAUUCAUUGGGAUGAUGAUUUGCAGACGCCCCAUGAUCUGAGGGAGAUUUCGUCCAUGUCCUUCCCCGAGGCACCUGAGAGGUUCAACGUGGCCAUGCCGUCUCCCAACCCUCGCCCUCGCCGCCGUGCAAGGGACAACGAGUGCGACCGGGUCGCCGCCGCAAGUGCGUCUGCUGAGUGGGACCGGAUCCUGCCUGAAAGACCGUCAGGGGCAUUGUCGUAGAUGAUCGAACGCACAGCAUGGAUUUUCCUUUUUCAACUCGUUUUCCCUUCCUCGAUUCCCGCUCCCUCCACCCGCUCUUCCUCUCCCAAAUUUUGUUGCGCGCGCGAGGGCACAGCGCACGCUGAUUCCAUCGGAAGGGUGGCUUUUCGAUAUGGCUGCUGCUCGCUGGCAGGUCAACGCAUCUCGCCGCGAAUCCAUAAAACCGCAUUUCGAGCGCCUUGGCCUCAACAUGGAAGGGCGCGCCUGUCUCUCUCGUCCUCCCAACUCUUUUUGUCCUCCUACCUCCUGCUGCUGCUGCUGCGAGUGCAUGCGCGUGCGUUCUUGGAUUGAAG